UGAAUGAAUGCUACAAUAAGUACCGGCCAUGGCUGCCCAUCGGAUCAUCAGAGUGACGAACAACAACCACAUUCUCCCUCGCUGUAAGUCUGAAGGGACGCUCAUCGACCUCAGUGAAGGGGUCACUGGAGCCAGUCUCAAUGAUGUCAAAGUGCCUUCUCCCAGUGCCUUAAGGCUGGACACUUCAGCCUCCUAUGGAGCUGCACAGGAAGUGGUUGCCAUAAAGGAUUAUUGCCCCAGCAGCUUCACCACACUGAAGUUCUCCAAAGGUGAUCACCUCUAUGUGCUGGACACGUCAGGUGGAGAGUGGUGGUAUGCCCACAACAACACGGAAAUGGGUUACAUCCCGGCCGCCUACGUCCAGCCAGUCAACUUCAGGAACUCUUCGCUUAGCGAUAGUGGGAUGAUCGACAGUCUUGGAGAAGGAUACGAGGAUGGCUCCAAGGAGUUUGGAGGUUUGGGGGAAUGGACAGGGAUGGCUCUUAAACCCUCUCCAAUUUACAACAACAGUCCCUUCUCUGUGAACCCCUUUAACUGUCCGUUAGAUCAAAACUGCAAAGAUAUAGGUGUAAGGAACUCAGCAGACCUUAUUCUGUUUGAUGCACUGGCAUCUCCAUCAUCUUGCUCCAACUUUAACACUAAUACAAUCAUGACCAAUGGGUUCAGCACCUGCCUCAUUAACAGUACCACUCCCACCAGCCCAGACCAAGAGGUUGUACCCAACUUCAACAGGGAUAACCCGUUCUUCAGGAGUAAACGUUCCCACAGUCUCUCAGAACUGUCAGUCCUGCAGGCACAGUCGAAUCCAACCUUACCCUCUUCAGGAUUCUUCACAGGCCUUAAGGCCCCUUCACCAGAGCAGUUUCAGAGCAGGGAGGACUUCAGGACUGCUUGGUUGAACCACAGAAAGCUAGCCAGGUCUUGCCAUGACCUUGACUCCCUGGGCCAGAGUCCUGGAUGGGGCCAGACACAGCCAGUGGAGACCAACAUUGUGUGCAGAUUGGACAGUAACGGAGGUGUUGUUCAGCUCCCGGACACCCAGAUCAGUGUACACAUCCCCGAAGGCCAUGUCAGCCAUGGAGACCAUCAACAGAUCUCCAUGAAGGCCUUACUAGAUCCUCCUCUGGAGCUCAACAGUGACCGCUGCUCUACCGUCAGCCCCGUGUUGGAGAUCAAGCUCAGCAAUAUGGAGACCAAGUCCUUUAUCACGUUAGAGAUGAAGGUAUUGGUAACUGUCAAGAAGGAGAGUUGCCACACUGCGGAGGUGCUUUGCGUUCGCAGCGACUGCAAAGAAGGGCCUUACACGCCGAUCCUGAAUGCUUACAUUUACAAAGAUACAGUCCAGGUGCAGUUGGAUAGUCUAGAGCCUUGUAUGUAUGUGGCUGUUGUGGUUCAGUCACAGUACAUCAGCCAUAAUACUACUGUUUGGGACCACGUGCAGAGGAAAGUAACUCUGGGCGUCUACGGACCUAAACACAUCCACCCUUCCUUCAAAACAGUCGUGGCCAUGUUUGGGCAUGACUGCGCCCCUAAGACCUUGUUGGUAAGCGAGGUGGGCCGACAGGCUAGUUCCACACCACUAGUGGCUCUUCAGCUGUGGGGGAAGCACCAGUUCAUUCUGGGGUACCCUCAGGACCUCCAGGUGGGAUUGUACUCCAACAUGUCCAACUACCUGGUAAAGGCGAGUGAGGGUGCAGGGGUGAUUCGGGGAUUUCAGGUCAAACUUGGCAAAGUUAGCAGGCUGCUGUACAUGAUCACAUCACACAACCCCAACAGCAUCUCGGAUUUCACUCUCAGGGUCCAAGUCAAGGAUGCCCUCGACUGUAUCCUCACCCAGUUCUGCGUCCAGACUCCACAGCCACCUCCAAAGACCGGAGCCAGGGUAAUGGGACAGAGGAGGUUUCUGAAAAAGAAAGAAGUAGAUAAGAUUGUCCUAUCGCCACUGGCUGUCACUUCCAAAUAUCCAAAAUUUCAGGACCGGUGCAUUACCAACCUUAAAUUUGGCAAGUUAAUCAAAACAGUGAUUAGGCAGCACAAGAGUACUUAUUUGCUGGAGUAUAAGAAGGGGGAUGUUAUUGCUUUGCUCAGUGAGGAGAAAAUCAAACUGCGAGGACAACUGCGGACCAAAGAGUGGUACAUUGGAUACUAUCAGGGAAAGAUAGGCCUUGUGCAUGCCAAGAACGUUUUAGUUCUGGGUAAGGUCAAGCCCAUUUAUUGGUGUGGGCCGGACCUAACGACCACAAUGCUGUUGGAGCAGAUACUGAAGCCUUGCAAAUUUCUUACAUACAUCUACGCAACCGUUCGGACGGUUUUAAUGGAGAAUGUGGGAAACUGGAGGCCGUUUGCAGAUGCCUUGGGGUACGGGAAUUUGCCUCUGAAUUAUUUUUGUCGGACUGAGCUGGACAAUGAGCCUGAGAGGGUGGCAUCGGUUCUGGAGAAACUCAAAGAGGAGUGUACGAACAUGGACAACAAAGAGAGGAAGUCCUUCCAGAGAGAACUCAUGAUGGCGUUGCUGAAGAUGGACUGCCAGGGUCUGGUUGCCAGACUGGUCCUGGAUUUUGUCUUGCUGACCACGGCGGUGGAGGUGGCAUCCCGGUGGAGGGAACUGGCCGACAAACUCGCUCGAGUGUCCAGACAGCAGAUGGAGGCUUACGAGGCUCCACACCGAGACAAGAACGGACUAUUGGACAAUGAGUGCAUGUGGAAGCCAGCCUACGACUUCCUCCUGACCUGGGCCGCCCACGUGGGGGACAGCUACCGAGAUGUGAUCCAGGAGCUCCACCUCGGCCUGGACAAGAUGAGGAACCCCAUCACCAAGAGGUGGAAGCACCUGACCGGCACGCUAAUCCUCGUCAACUGCCUCGAUACGCUCCGCAGUGCCGCCUUCUGUCCCACGGGAUACGGAGAUUUCGCCGUUUGAUCAAGUUCAUCCACCUGGAGAACACGAGGGUUGUCUUGUGGAACUCAGUACUUCUUAGCCCUAAAAUUCAUCUGUGGAGUUCAGUUGAUGAUGGCGAACAUUCAUUGACGGUUCAACAGGACACAAAGUUUGGGAAGGAUGUCAGGGAUCUUUGACCGGUUCAGGGUGUCCGGUUAAUCUCUUUCCUCAGCCUUCGAUCUUCAGGUCAGACUUUCACGUCCUGGUCUCGUAUUUGUAGUCUUGGAUCGGUAUCCUGGCACCACCGAUUGGUUCUCAGUAAGCGCCAGAUGUAGAAAUGCCAUUGGAUGAGUUCUAUCAUUGGAUAAGUCAAUGUGAAACUGGAGGAUCUGCCUCUGUCUGUUUUUAUGCCUCUUGUUUGUCCUGCUUUCUUUUUCGCUUCACUCUUCAUCUCUUUUCUACCUCACCCUUUGUCUGAAUCGCUUUCUGUCUUUUCUCUUUAGACAUAUAUCUUUCUGUCUUUUUUAUGUCGUCUUUCUCUGUGGUUUGUUUUCCGACAUUAUUACAUUUUCCCUUCCUGUCUCACACUUUUCUCUUCUUAUUUUGCUUCACUGCAUUACAGCUUGUAUAAUUUCCGCUUUCUGUCACAUCCUCUCUGUACAGUCUUUUUCCUUCACCCUCAGGACAACAGCAGAGACCUAAACCACUACAGUGCAUAACCACAUAUACUGUGAACUUUGACCUUUCCUCCAUCUUUGAAAGCUGAUUUGACCCCCGCAACAACCUUUCCCUCCAUUUCUGACUGGCAGUUUUUAUUCUUUCACUGGUAGAGCAGAUGUUUAAAACAAAUCAAAGAAAAUAAAUCAGAAGUUGUUUCAUACGUUCAAGCAUUGAGAUCAUUUGUCAGUAAUUAGCUUGCCAAAAACAGUUAGCUCAGUGCUAACUUACAUGUGACUCAGUGUUGUCCAUGCAGUAAAGGUACAGUAUAUUAGUUUAUGCAAGAUAUAUUUCUAUACUUUUAUACUUGCAGAAGAAUACAGAUGAUGUAUUAUCAACAGAGUAUUCUUGUGCUUGGAUUUCCCUUGUGUGCAAGUCUUGUCCAUCAUAUUUCAUCCGGUGUAACAAUGCUGCAGUCUACGACCAGAGCAUGUUCUGUUCAUCUGAAAACAAAGAAUAAAAAUUAAACAUGGACGCUUGAGUUUUUUGCCCAACAUCCAAAUCCAGUUCCCUGUGCCCUAGUUAGUUAGGAUUUCUUGCAUUGCAUUAAGUGCAUUGAAUAUUUUCCAGAUUUGAUUUGUCAACUACUAUGUGAUAAAGAUGGAACUACAUAUAUUUGUGCAACCAGUGCACUCCACCAUGAUGACUGGAUGGAAAAUUCAUUACAACUAGCAAUUCCAGCUAAAGGUCACGUUUUUCAUGUAAGUUUGGAACUCUCUCACGGUGUGCAGCAUCACUAAUCUUUCUCUUGUGGUACUUUUAAAUGGAGGUACUGAAGGAGGGUUUGUGUUUUAAUUAAAGUCACAUUAGCUGUUGCAGUCCACCAUCGCUUAAAUAAAUGAAAUGUGACUUUAAACUGAAAAGUAUCAGAAAAUAUCUCGUUUUUGUUCAAUUUGUUUUUCAAUACGCCUUUUGUCUCUGAUUUUAUGAGUAUAAUCACUCAGCUUUGAUGCUUUUAUUGUUCGUUCCUGCGUCUGUUUUCAUUUCACUCAUUGUUUUUUUCUUGUUUCUUUUCAACAUGUUUUGUGACUGCUGCAGUGUUCCUGUGUCUGUUUGGAAUAUGAACAUGGUCUGAACAGAAUAUGUGUGAGGAGAUUAUAUAUUUGUACUUAACGCCGAUGAGUAUUGAUACGUUCUUGAGUGAUCUUGCGUCACCUGUGACAGGUCGCAGAUCUGAAGUCUGUUCAGUGUUUCUGUGCAGAAGGUUUCAAUA